AUGGCGACCGAUCUUGGGCAGGCCCUGGAGCAUGCGGGUGGGAACGGUCAAAGGAGUGAAGGUGUCAACAUUCAGACCUUUUUGGCUUCGCUUGCAACUGCAGUGAUAGUCUUUGCUGUUGAAUUCUUGCUGUUUUUGCUUCUCAAAGGCAAACUCACUCGUAUCUAUCAACCUAGAACGUAUUUGGUCCCGGACAGAGAGCGCACAAAACCGUCCCCGCCGGGUUUAAUUAGCUGGAUUGGCCCUGUCUUUCGCACCUCUAGUUCCGAAUUCAUCCAGAAAUGUGGCCUGGAUGCCUACUUCUUUCUGCGAUACUUGCGAAUGCUUCUCAAGAUCUUCCUUCCGCUAGGUUGCAUUGUGUUGCCCGUCCUAUUGCCCCUGAACAAAGUCGAUGGAAAAGACCGAAACUUCAAAAAUGCAACUGGGACAGGUGACACAUGGAAUGUCACUGGCCUUGACCAGUUGGCCUGGGGUAAUGUGGCUCCAGAGCACGUCCAGCGCUACUGGGCGCAUCUGAUUAUGGCCGUCAUCGUUAUUGUCUAUGUGUGCGCAAUAUUCUUCGAUGAGCUGAAAGGGUAUAUUCGCCUUCGGCAGGCCUACCUGACUUCCCCACAGCAUCGACUUCGAGCCUCUGCAACAACAGUGCUGGUAACAGCCAUCCCAGACAGCUGGCUGUCUGUGGAGGCUUUGGAGUCACUGUAUGAUGUUUUCCCGGGUGGAAUCCGAAAUAUAUGGAUCAAUCGCAAUUUUGACGAUCUGAACGAGAAGGUGAAGCAACGUGAUGCGCUAGCAUUGAAGCUAGAGUCUGCAGAGACGGACUUGAUCAUUAGAUGCAAGAAAGCUCAAUUGAAGCAGGCGAAGGCCGCAGCGAAGAAGACCGGAUUGAGUGCCAAGGAGGUAGAGGGGAAGCAGAAGCAGGCCACCGACGAGCAGGCGCUGCAACUAGCUGCAGGCGGCGGUAUCAGCUCUGGUGAUCCGCACCAAGCUCACACAUUGAAUCAGAUUUUGCAUCGCGAUGUUCAUGGAAAGCAUCGUGCCGAACCUGGAGAGCCUAAAAGACGCAAGCCCUUCGACCCAGCUGUGGAAGCGGUAGGGAUGGUCGGUCAAGGUGUCGGCAAGUUGGGCAGAUCCGUUCUGGGAACCCUAAAACGGGUGGAGGGCGACGUCGACGGCACUCUGACUCGGUCAGGGGGCUAUAUACCAGACGCUGGGACUACCGCACCUCUCCAACAUAGAGCACCGAAUGCCGACACAAAUAACGCAGAGCCGCCCGAUCCUUGGCGACCAAGCAACGAUAGCAUCACCCCAUCAAUUGAGAAUGGAAAUGCAGCGUCUAUGAAUGAGAAUGGCGCACCAUCCAAUGCUCCUCGUAGCAGAUCGAACUCCAAGCCAAGACGGCCCUUCUGGAAAAGUCGAGUUUCUAGCAACUAUUCGAAAGCGAGCAACAGGACAGAACCGGAUGAGUUUCCACUCACGGCUCCAGAGGAUCCGGUCGAAGGAGAAGCUUCAAACGAAGAAAGAUCGCACAAUGAUGAAAAGCAAAAAGGCAAGGAGCUCAAAGGCCGGAGAGAAGGCGACGAAGUCGAAGGUGAGGAAUAUCCGGUGGCAUACAAUGAAGACUUUGACAGUGAAGACUAUGGAGAGCCCCUAUGGAAAAAGUACAUCCGGGAAAAGGAUCGUGACACCAUGAGGUUGCCGAUCUUUGGUAUCAGUUGGAUGCCUUCCCUCUGGCUCAUUGGCAAAAAGGUCGACACAAUAGACUAUUGCCGGAAAGAAGUCGCUCGCUUAAAUCUGGAGAUUGAAAUUGACCAGCAACACCCCGAGAAAUUUCCCCUCAUGAAUUCAGCGUUCAUACAGUUCAACCACCAGGUGGCUGCUCAUAUGGCUUGUCAGGCUGUCAGUCAUCACCUGCCAAAACAAAUGGCCCCUCGCAUCGUGGAGAUCUCGCCGGACGAUGUGAUUUGGGACAACAUGUCAAUCAAAUGGUGGGAGCGCUAUCUGAGGACAUUCGGAAUUCUCACGAUCGUCUGCGCCAUGGUGGUUGGCUGGGCGUUCCCCGUCGCGUUUACUGGUUUGCUGUCUCAAUUGUCUUACCUGGAAAAUGCCUUCACUUGGUUAUCGUGGAUCUCCAAACUGCCAGACUGGCUCAUCUCUGCCAUCCAGGGUAUCUUGCCCCCACUUUUCUUAGCCAUCUUGAUGGCGCUCCUGCCCCUGAUUCUCCGUUUCCUCUGUCGAGCUCAGGGGUUACACACAGGCAUGGCCAUUGAGCUUACCGUUCAGAACUACUUCUUCGCUUUUUUGUUCGUCCAGUUGUUCCUGGUCGUUGCUAUCUCGUCCAGUUUCUCGACCAUCAUCGAUAACGUCACAAACGUCACCAGUUGGCCGGAAUUACUGGCGCAAAACAUUCCCUCCUCGAGCAACUAUUUCUUCUCGUAUAUGAUUCUACAGGCGCUGUCAGUGAGUGCGGGAGCUCUAGUACAGAUCGUUGGCUUGUUCAGCUGGUUUAUUCUAGCACCCUUACUGGAUAACACAGCAAGAAAGAAAUGGGGACGCACGACGAACUUGAAUCAGAUGCAAUGGGGAACAUUCUUCCCGGUCUAUACUACUCUCGCAUCGAUCGGUUUGAUCUAUUGUGUGAUCUCCCCUUUGAUCUUGGUCUUCAACAUCAUCACCUUUGGCCUGUUCUGGUUCGUGUACAGAUAUAACACGCUGUACGUCACCAAAUUCCGCUUUGAUACUGGCGGACUACUAUUCCCUCGCGCUAUCAACCAGCUCUUCACGGGGUUAUAUGUCAUGGAACUCAGCUUGAUCGGGCUGUUCUUUUUGGUCCGUGACGUGGACGGCAACGUUGCCUGCGAAGGGCAAGCAAUAUGCAUGAUCGUGGUCCUGAUUCUCACAAUUGGGUACCAGAUCCUUCUGAACGAAGCUUUCAGCCCCCUAAUCCGUUACUUGCCGAUUACCUUGGAGGAUGAUGCUGUUCGUCGUGAUGAGGAGUUCAGCCGCGCUCAGCGCGCCCGACUUGGCUUUCCUGAGGAAGAUCAGACAGACACGAUCGAGCACCAGUUGGCAGAGCGGGAACAUCAAGAGCACGAAGCAGACAGGAGGGCCCACGAGAUUGAACUGAAGAACAUCGAAGCGUGUUCUGGGCGGCGAGCAUCGACUCAGACGGGGACUCUCCAGAACAGCCGCCAUCAUUCGUGGGCAGAUCGGUCCUCAAAAACACGUUCCAAAUAUUUUGGGACUCCUUCGAGCGGUUCAGUGCCAACAUUGCAGCGAGUCCGUGAGAAGAUCGCGCAUGAUGCCGAAGCCCAAGGCUCUCCUACGGGUAACGUCGGCCACGCAUUGUUUGCCGGUAUUCAUGAUGAAUUGGAGGAUCUUACACCAGAUGAGCGUGAUCAACUGACUCAGCGAGCGUUUCAACAUGACGCUCUACGGGCAAAACGUCCUGUGAUAUGGAUUCCGCGAGACGAUCUUGGAGUAAGCGAUGAUGAGAUUUACCGAACUCAACGGUUCAGCAAGCACAUCUGGAUCAGUAACGAGUAUCAGGCACUGGACGGCAAGUGCCGUACCAUCUUCAGCCGCAGUCCGCCGGAUUUCUCAGAAGUCGACCUCAUUCAGUUAUAG